AAGUGCUAGUAUAAUUCAAAUCAAAUAAUUAAAUCCUCACCCAGGCCUUUGCCAUCUAUGAGUUUAUACCCAUUUUCUAAAUCUGCAACUUUCUUUUGUACCAGCCAAACACGAGCAAAGAAAACGGUGGACAGAUUAGUUUAACAUGUUUUGCGGACAAUCUGCCAGCAAGGGGGUGAACUCCACCAUUUGAGUUUUUUCUGCGGAAGGAAGGAUACCACGCUCCAGCCAAGCUAAUUUACAUCAGAAAAGCUUCAGAAACCGCAUUCAUACAUAGCCAUCCGGAACUAAAAUCACAGCGACAAUGGCGGCCAACCCCAGCAACAACAACAGUAAUCCUAACCCUAGUCUUAACCCUAACCCGCCGGUGCGCAUAGCAGGAGUAAUAGGAGCAAUGGGCUCUGGUUACCCCGGCGGAGUACUUAAUCCCGCUUCGGGGGUUUCUAACCCGGGGCCAAACCCUAAUUCUGUCAACCCUCUUGCAAACUCUGCGGCUGUGCAUUUCCAAGCACAGGCUCAGGCGCACGCGCACGCGCAGGCUCAGGCACAGUUGCAGUUUCAGGUACAAGCGCAAGCACAGGCGCAGGCACAAGCACAAGCACAAGCACAGGCUCAGGCUCAAGUCGCAACUCCACCAACGGUAGCAUCGAUGCCUGGUUCUAUAAACCCUAAGCGAGGGCAGCAGAAGCCCCCCGCCCGCCCGACUGUCGGCGGCACUGGCAUGGGCUCCGCCGGCACAGGAAGUGUUUCGGCGUCGCCUUUCAAGACGGCGGAGGUGACGCCAGCCACCAGACGGAAAAAGCGGAAGGUGCCGGAAAAGCAGAUCCCCGAUCGUGUUGCGGCGCUGCUACCAGAGUCAGCGAUUUACACUCAGCUGCUCGAGUUCGAAUCCCGGGUCGAUGCAGCGCUCGCGAGGAAAAAGGUUGACAUCCAGGAAGCACUCAAAAACCCACCCUCUCUCCAGCGGACUCUGAGAAUCUAUGUUUUCAAUACCUUUGCAAAUCAGAAUAUGCAGCAGCAACAAAAUAUGGGGGAGCCCCCAUCUUGGACACUGCGAAUUCUUGGAAGAAUCCUGGAAGAUGGAGUGGAACUGGAUGCUUCAGGUAUGCCAAAGCAGAACUCAUCGUCCCCAAAAUUUUCUUCAUUUUUCCGGCGAAUCACUGUUUCCUUGGACCCAAGUUUGUACCCCGAAAAUCCUAACAUUGUUUGGGAGAAUGUCCGAUCCCCUAUGCCUGUGGAGGGCUUUGAGAUAAAACGGAAGGGUGACAAGGAAUUUACGGCUUCUAUACGGCUGGAAAUGAAUUAUGUUCCAGAGAAGUUUAAGUUAUCUCCUCCUUUAAUAGAGCUUUUGGGAAUUGAAGUGGACACAAGACCAAGAAUUAUAGCUGCACUUUGGCAGUAUGUAAAGGUUAAGAAGCUUCAACAUCCUUCUGAUCCAUCUGUCAUCAAUUGUGAUCCCCCAUUGCAGAAACUUUUUGGUGGCGAGAAGCUUAAAUUUUCUUUUAUUUCACAGAAACUCUCACAGCAUCUGUCUCCUCCACAGCCAAUUCAUUUGGAACAUAGAAUUAAACUCUCAGGGACUAGUCCUGCUGGCAAUGCUUGCUAUGAUGUUUUGGUGGAUGUUCCUAUUCCAGUGCAGAAAGAAAUGGCAGCUUUUUUAGCUAAUACUGAGAAACAUAGGGACAUUGAUGCCUGUGACGAGGCAAUCUGUGCAGCAAUUAAAAAAAUUCAUGAGCAUCGCCGCAGGAGAGCAUUUUACCUGGGUUUCAGCCAGUCUCCUGUGGAAUUCAUAAAUGCCUUGAUAGCAUCACAAAGCAGGGAUUUGAAGCUAGUUGCAGGUGAAGCAAGCCGGAAUGCUGAGAAGGAGGGCAAAUCAGACUUCUACAAUCAACCAUGGGUGGAAGAUGCUGUCAUUCGUUACCUCAACCGCAAGCCAGCAUCGGGGAGUGAAGCUCCUGGAAAUACUUGAGAGGCUUAUUCUUGAGAUUGGAAAUGUUGCUUAGAGAAUAUGAGUUGUAGAUGAGAAGUUUGGAUUUGGGGAGAUGGAAGCGAGCGUGCACAGUGUGCCCUUGAACAUUGCCAAGGGCAAGAGAUUAAAGUAUAUCCGCCAUGCAGCUCAAGAGCUCUCAUUCUUCGCUUUGCUUUUUGAUGAGGAACUUGAUGACAUGGUAUUGAUGGCCACCUGAUUCCUGAUGAGGCUUGCCAUUGAUUGCAUUGCACCUACACUUGCAGCUUCACCCUUUCAUAAUACUUUGAUUUGGGUUCUGCAAGUUCUUGUCCAUUAAUGUCAUUUUUCUAAUAUUAAAUUGUGGCAAACUCACUAGUUUCAGGCCAUUCUUUGGGAAAUUCGCUUCUUAAAUUGAAGUAUCAUGGUUUACCUUAGUUAUAACUGGAAGUCUCUUGUAGAUCAUCUACUUCAAGCACUCGUUGUAGCUGGAAUUCCUGCUUUUCUUGACAAUGAAAGACUUGAGAAGCAAGAUGAUUGGAUUGAGAUAGGACAAGGUGAUAGUGUGAUGCCAUUCUCAUCCCAUCUUAUCAAUUGUUAAGUGCAGAUCCACAAUAUUAAUUAUCACUCUGUUUAUGGCAUCGAUUUUUCAGAUGUCCAUUAUCUUGAGAAGAAGGGCACACAUGUGUUAAAGAAAUAUCACAGAAAAUGUACAUCCUAGUCUCAUUUAAUUGACAAAUGGAAGGAUGUUGUUCAUUAACUCUUCAACUUAUCGAAACAAUUGCUACGUUAACCACAACAUCUAAACACCACAUCACUUGUACAUAUUGAGGAGCUCUGGGCACUUAUGGCACUACAAGUUUGCUUCAACAUGCUGAAGUCUUGCUAUGGCGAGCUAGACAUUCAAAGCCAUAAAAUAGGAAGAAGGGAGUUUAGGAGUGCAAGAGAAUACACACUGCAAAGUAGGAGAGGCUUCUGGAAAUUUAUAUAUAUAAUUGUAUAUAAAUAUAAUUUAUGUUAUUUUUAUC